AUGCCUAAGAAGUUUGCGACAGAAAACAGCAAAUCAGUGGCAGCAAAAGAUCGAAAGAAGCAAACCAAAGAGAAGACCAACUCGAACUCGCAGAAAGAAAUUGAAGAUGCCUAUUGGAAGGAUGAUAAUAAACAGUUACAAAAAAAGCAAAAAAAGAAGGAAGUUGAAGAGAAGAAGAAACAAGAAGCUCUGCAACGGAAAACAGAAGCAAAAGCUAUUUUGGAGAAAGAAAUGAACGAAAUACCUAAAAAACCUUCUAAACCAGCUCAAAAAGUAACAAGAGCCAAAAUUAGCGAUAUAGUAGCUGCAUCUUCAAAACAAGAGAAAGAAGAAAAACAUAUUGAAACUUAUUUAGAUGCUCCUGUAUUUGAAAAUACCAACAGGCUUGAAAUUGAAGUAGAAGAAGCUAGAACUGUUGAUGAUGCUAUUUCAAUUUUAAACAGCAAUCAAGAUGAUAUUGACAAACAUCCUGAAAAGAGGAUGAAAGCUGCAUACAAAGCUUAUCAGCAAAGAAGACUCCAUGAACUUAAAUCUGAAAAUACCGGUUUGCGUUUAUCUCAAUUGAAACAAAUUAUCUCCAAGGAAUGGGAAAAAUCUCCCGAAAAUCCAUUGAACCAAUAG